AUGGCAGAGGAUGAACAACAGAGCUUGAUUAAAUUACAGGCAAGCGAGGAAAGAAAGCAACAACACAACAAAAGAAUUAACAAGUACACAAAUGCAAAGAAUGCUUUAAAGAAAUUUGAAACUUAUUCGCGUAUGAAUGACAGAGACACCAUUGCCCAAGAUAUUGAUGAAGCAUUAAAUUCUUUAUACAGAGCUGAAAAUGAAUUAAAUCAAAUGUAUGAAAUUGCAAAAGGUUUCCAAGACAACCUAAUGGAAGAACGUAAUAUGAGAUCAGAAUUAGAAAAAGAAAACAAGGAAUUGCGUGACAAACUUCAUCAAGCACAAAAGCAUGCUCUUCAGGAAGUGAUUAAACAAUUGGGUAACCUUUCUGUGGAUGAAGAAACGAAUGAAUUGGUAUUAAAAAUCAAAAAAGAAGGCGAAAAAGAUAUUAAUCCUGUCAGUAGUAGUGAAGUAAUGGAUAAUAAAGAAAAGUAA